GAUCUCAAACAUGGCGUAUCUGCAAAAUGAAAACAGACCAAGAUAUCUCACUAUGUGUUUGACAUGGUAGGUUGAUCAGUAUGAGUCAGAUCGACUAUGGCCAGACGGCAGAGGACCACCAGGCAUUCCUCAUUCUUGUCCGAAACACUGGUCAGCAUUUGUGUAACCGGUCUUUCAACCGUGCAUGGGAACGCAUACGCAAACUCAGCUGCAUUGCCAUACCAGGGCAGAAACGUGUUGCAUGGGUCAGGUACAAGCGGAGCUACUCUAAAGAAAACAAUGAGUGGGGAGACUUUCAAGCUCAUCGGAAGGUUCUGGGACUUGUCUCUAUUGGCCAGUGUGCAGAUCAAGAUCAAUUUGAGGAACUCUUUGACAGCUACCGAAAAGUCAAGGAAGAAUAUGCAUCAACCUUAUUUAACUCGCGUCUGUUUGUGUUUGGUAUGAACACAGAUGGAUCUCCGUUAAAAGAGGAAGAAAAACAAGACACAGGAGAGAAGACUUCAACUAGUUCAUCUCGGAGUGGGAAGUCCUCACCUGUUCACAGUGAAGAUAGUGGGGUAACACCUGAUCUAAGCCCAACAGACGUGGGAAAUGAUUGUGAAAUUACGAAAACUGAUACAGAAACAGAACUGAGCAUGAAUAAACCUUCAAGUGCAAUUUCUUCUCAGGUAGAACCAAAACCUACUGAACAAUUACAACAAAGUGAUUUAAAAUCUAUUGUAGAGCAAACAGACAAUUUGUCAAAGUCACCAAGUGAACUACCCACAUCACACCCUCAUAGUAACAGUAACAAGUCCGAUGUAGCCAGUGAAGUGCCCACAUCACGCCCUCAUAGUAAUAGUCUAACAAAGGAAAGUGCCGGUGCUGAAGUGCUGUUCUCUCCCAAUCUUGACAAUUGCAGUGAUUUGGAGGAGAAAGUAAAAGAUUUUGUAACCUCCAUCUUUUUCGUGUUAGAAGGAAAGCGUCUUGACAGAUCUUUCGAACGAGCCGAUAAGAUGCAGCUACUUUGUGCACCUUUUGAAAAGAAGGAUUAUGUGGGUUUAGACACGGACACAAAAUCAUAUAGGAAAAAGUGCCAAGGGCGGUUACGAAAACAUUUAGGGGAUCUUUGUCUACAAGCUGGUAUUCCAGGGGAGGCAAUCCUCCAUUAUCAGACUGCCAUCGACAUCCUCCGGCCGGUCAAUGACUGGUUGUGGAUUGGAGCUUGUUUUGAAGGCAUCUGCUCAGCAUCUGUGAUAGUCCGUUUUCCAAAAAGCCAAACUCCUACAUUGAGACGAAACUUUUCUCUGCAGGCCAAGUUGGGAUCGUCCAUGUCUAAUGACACCAAACUGAGAACAGGAAGUGUUAAAAGUGGCUACACCAAUGGUUACCAGGAUCAGGAGGAUUCUCCUAAGUCAGCUCUCGGGCCGGACGACAUUGUGGAGAAAUAUCGGGAAGCCCUUGUACACUACAGCAAGUUCAAAGGAUCUGGUAUGAUUGAGAUGGAGGCUUGUCUGAAGGCAUGUCGUGUCCUUGUGAUACAGAGGAAAUAUCUGCAGGCCUCAGAUUUCCUACAAAAUGUUGUGUAUAUUAAUCUACAGACUUCAGAUGAAGAUAAGAUAAACCGUUACUGUACCCUGUCCCAGCUGUACUCCCAGAUUGGGUUCCAACGGAAGGCCUCCUUCUUUAAACGAAUCGCAGCAAUGCAGUGUGUGUCCCCACAGAAUCCUCAGCCAAACUGGAAACUAUGUCAUAGCCUUGUAAUGCAGUGUCUGGAUGGUUACAGCAUCUGUGUUGAUCCAAAGGACAUCCCAACAGGCUGUGUUUAUGGCUGGCCUGUUCUACAGGCGAGAGUAUUGAAUGAACUUAUCUUCUCCGCCCGUCGUACUGGUAACAUUCCUGUGGCCAUCAGGCAUCUGAGUCUAUUACUACACACCCUGUUUGAUACUCUGACUACUCAAGAUAAACGAGACAUUAUAAACACCCUCCAGACCCUCACAGCAAAGUCUGAGGGCACGAUGGCCGCCCUCGCCCUCGACAGUGGAGUCAUACUGCCCCCAAUACCACUCAGUAAUAUACCACAAGUCAGGUCUUUCAAAUUAAUACCACUCCAGCCACACCUACAGCCGGUGAAGAUAGCCUCCAAGGUCGAGAAGCUGGACACUGGACCCUUUAUCUUCACCCCGCUAUCCCUUGGGCAGACAGAUGUUCAGAAUAAAACACAUGCUGACUUCUGUUGGGUGGAACAUGAUAUGUGUGAAGUGCAGCUUCAGGUAUAUAACCCACUCCCUGAUGAGCUCAGUAUACAACAAAUGUCGUUGAUGACAGAUGGAGUUGAAAUAGAGGCUUACCCUACAAAUCCUACCAUACCUGCCGAGUCCGGUCCAAAUCUAGUCAAAAUACUCAGUCGUCCUCGAUCUUCAGGCGACCUCCGUAUCCUUGGUUACACAACUCACUUGCUUGGGAUGCGAAGUCAGUGUCGUCUCCGUGAUCUACCUGACCUUCGGAAUCUGCGGACAACAGUGACCGUAAUACCCGCCCUCCCUCAGAUUACACUCACUGCUUCACUUCCAAAGGUCGCGACCUUUACCUCUGUUGGUGAUGGUGCUAAUGUUGUAACAAGUGGAACAACCUCCAUCUAUGCAGGUCAAAGUAAGGAGUGUAUGAUCACAGUUCGGAAUACCAGUAACCAGCCUGUUGAGAAGAUUUCAGUCAGCCUUGAUUGUCAUCCCGACCAGAAAGAGCUGCAGUCGAAAGUGUUUCAGUGGAGUCAGGAGAACCUGGAUGCUCAGCUUCCUCUCCAGCCAUCAGGCCUUGUCUGUUUUACUGUGUGUAUCUACGGCAAUUCAGACUUUCUGUCCAGCAAAAGUGUCCGAAGCGGAUCCCAGUCCUCAGAACACUCCAAUCCUGACGAGUAUGAAUCUGUGUGUGUCGAGUCGUUGCUGAGAGUGGAGUACAGUGGAGGGCCCGGGUUGGAGGCUGGAUACUGUCGACACUGUGCUGUGGCCUUCAGUGUUGAUAUCCUGCCCUCAAUCAUCUUCCAUUCCUGGGAAGCUCUCCCUUCCGAAAGUCCUGACCACUGUGUCCUGGUGUUUGAUGUCUGUAAUGUGUGUAGUCAGCAAGUCGAUCUUCAUUAUAAUAUCAACGACAGCUUCAAGUUGGAACCCAAACAGAUACGCAGGCUGACGAUACAAAUAGAGAAAUGCAAGUUUCCUGACCCAGGCCCAGAGCUGGACGUGGCAGACCGCCUCCAGAUGACCAAGCCGCCUCCACCGGUCAUCAGUCGUUAUAGCCAACACCUGGAUGGAUUCAUCCACAUUCUCUGGACGAUGUGUGGUACAAAGAAUUGUGGGAAGAUGGGAACAGAACACCUGUCUUGGUCUCCACAGCAACUAGAGCUCAUCAAGGUGUCAGAUGUCUCCUGGAAUGUUAGUGUUAAUGACCAGUCCUGCUCGGCCCAUUCCAUUCCUGUUGUGUGUACUGGUACUGUUGUCAACAUCGAAAUCCUUAUCACCUUCCGUGCCGGUGUAUCUUACACAAGUGCUGUACUGGCGGUCAGUUGUGGACUGCUGACCGAUCAUACAUCUGUUUACUCUUGGGACACGGACCAAGUUACCGUACUCGGUUCUCAGUCGUACCAGCUUACCAACGUUGGAGGGGAGGACAGCACCCGCUACAGGACAUCUUACCUUUUCCACUACAGUGGCACCUACAGGUUCAACGUCAAAUGUGUCGCCACAGCAACAGAUGACGACAUUGACCAUAUAUGGCAGUGCCAUGAUAUACAAGUUCGGGUCAUAGAUGAGGAGUGAUUUUGGAGGAUUGCCAAUUGACUUACUGUUUUUCCAAACAAAUUUUGAAAUAUCUAACAUUUAGUAGGUUUAUAUUCAAAUUUCACCAGCAUUUCAGACUUAACAUUUUUUAGCAAAUACCAGAUAUCACUUAAAUUUUGAAGAAAGGCUAGAUAUUUCAAAAUGUUGAUCCAUUAAUUACCUCACUUGGCCCUUUUGGCCAAGGGAGCUUAUGCCAUGGUUCAGCGUCAACUUUUCCAUUUAAGCAACUUUUUCUCAUUGACCAAUAUUCCCAGUGCUAUGAUUUUUGGCUGAUAGGUUCCUGAUCAUGAGAUGGAGCUCAACAAAGUUUACGCAAAGAAAUGACCCUGUUCCAUACUCAAGGUCACGGGGAUAAUAUUUGUUAAAAGAUUCACAUAACUUUUCACAAACCAAAAUUGCCUAUAAUCAUAAUAUUUGAGUGGAAGGUUCCUGGGAUGGAGACCCACAAAGUUUACAAAAAUAUAUGAUAUUGAUCUGUAUCCAAGGUCACAUGGGUCAAAGUUAAAACAUUCAUUCACCUUCUCACAAAACAAAAGGUCUGUAUAAAAUUAUGAUAUUUAGCUGGUAGGUUUGUGGGAUGGAGACCCACAAUUUGCUGAAAGAAGUGACCUUGAACCAUAUUCAGAAUUUCACUAAGGUUAUAUCAUACAAAAGACUUCUUCUGAUUAACUGAACAGACUAGAAUCAAGUUCUUUUGAUUAAGAAAUAUCAUGUGAGCAAUGCAGGCCCAUUGGGCCUCUUGUUUUAUGAUCAUUGUAUUAUUAGUCUCCAAGUUAAUUCCAAACAUUUUUGCACUACAUGUAUGUUUAUAGGGGGAUAGAUCCAAAUGAACACAUAACACUGAUUUUUGGUUAGAAAAUAUUUUUCUCGCAUUUUGAAGAUGAUGAAUUUGGUUUAAGAUGAGUUCCUGAUGCUUUUCAGUAUUAAACGCAUUUAAAGCCAUUUCCUAUUGUAGUGCAUUUAAUAUUUGUAGAAACAAUCUCUCAUCCCACCAAAGUUAAUUAAUAACCAUUUACUUUCUAUGUCUUUGUGCUCUUUCAAUGGUAUGAUUAUUUCAACUUAAUUUAAGUUGAUCGGAUUUUAGAAUAAUCUCCAUAUUGUUUCCUUCCUUUCCUCUGCCUGGACUUGUGGAGAUGUCAUAUUUCAUUCUUGCUUGUUUUCUGCAUUUUAUUUCCAGCAGUCCCAGCCAUACAAGGUGCAGUUCUUCCUUUUUAUACUCAUGCUUGCAUUUGCAGAAUUUCCUUUAUUUUUGUCUUUGUGGCAAUAUACAAGACUCAGGCUCUGUAUACUUAUUACUGUAGACUCCAAUCUUGGAUUCUUGACUUUGACUUUGAAAAUAGUCACUGUGCACAUUGGUCUGAUUCCUUCACACUACAUUUGGUGAGGUAGCUUGUUCUGAACAUGUCCUUUGUUUUGACUAAAUUGAGGUAGUAAGGUAAUUAACAAAAUGUACUCUUUACACUCACUGCUGAGUCACAUUUAAUUCGCAGGUUUUCCGUCUGUACAUCUAUAGAUCAAUUGAUUAUCUAGCUAGUUCAUUAGUGUGGCCUGGGGACCUUGAUUUCUUUAACAUCAGAAGAUCUGCCAUGAUGUUUGCUGUGUGCUGUUCAACAACAUGAACCAUUCUAAUGACUUCAUUUUCAUUGAAUAUUUUCUUCUCUAUCACUCCUCAUUUUUAAACGAACAUUAGUGUUCAUUUAUUUAAGAUUUUAGUUUUAAAUUUAAGAUAUUUAAGAUAUGUCUGAAUUAUGACCAAGAAAUGUUACUUCAUUUUUGCGUUGAUCUACAGAAUCAGCACUAAUGACACUUGGUCUCUUACUCUUUAACCCUAAUAUCUAUGAAUAGUAACACAAAGGUCUGUUAACACAAAGGUCAAAUCUGCCUUUUCUAACUCUCAUAUCCUUCUUUCUCAGGACAAGUCUUUUGGUGCUAACCAACAGUAAGACAAACAUAGGGGAUACAAACCCUCCAGUAACAUUGGAGUCCUAGGCUAAAACUAUCAGUAUGUUAUGUUGAUAGUUUGAAUGACCUUAUCUAUAACUUCUCAGAUUAAUUUCUGUAUACAUCAAUCGAAUCAGAUUUUCUUUUGGCCAAAUCACUUACAGAAAUUUAACGUCAUUUAACGUCAAUGAUUUUUCUCUUUUUUUUGACAUAGAAAACUGGUGCAAACAAUUCAUUCAACCGUGUCAGAUAGUGUCUGAAAUGCAGAUAUUUUUUUCUGUUACGCCUAAAAAUACUGAUCUUGACUCGUACAUACAUGUAUAUAGAACGGAUGAGAUAUGUAGCCGAUAAAAUUGUGAUAUAUCAAACGUUGUGAUAUUUCCUAGCUGAUUUAUAUGUGUUCCUGAAGUAAGAAUUGUAAGAUGUAUAUUUAAUUAUAAUGAUUAUGAAUUUUAUUUAAAUUGUCCUGUAUAAAAAAAAUAACAGAUACGCAUGUAAUUAUGAUAAAAUGUGGUCUUUGUAAUUUGAAUAUGAAAUGAUUCCUCAUUGUCCUGGCUCAUUUUGACUAAUUUUGGUCUGGAGUAAUGCCAGAUUAAUAAGACUCCAUAUUGUAUAAAUAGUGUUGGGACAGUCAUGGGAUAAAAUGGCAGAAUCUAUUAUUGGAAGCAAUGGUAUAUUCUAUAGAUACAUUUCCAGACAAUUCAGACCACCUGGGUCUCUUGUUGUUAUCUACUUGUAUUGGGAAAAGCUCACAUAUUGAUUCUAUUGUUUAGAUGAUUGUUCCUGAUUGUCUGCUCAUACCUGGAGUUUAUGAUAACAUAUGAAUAUCUCAGGUCCCAAGUCUCAUGGACUUCAUUACUCUGUGAACGUCACUAGACUUACACAUGUCAUAAGUGGUAGUGGAAUAAUAAUGUAUCAAGGUACAUUUGCCAGUGAUCAACUUUUGCCAUUUUCGCCCAGUAAUUUAACACUGUAGUUUCGCUACUCCCUUUAAUACUGUAAAAACCUCAUAGAGUAUAUAUUUGUAUAUUAUCAGGGCAAAUUUUAAAUUACUUAAAAACAUAUUUUUUGUCCAAGGUUGUAUUUUUUCAAAUAAUAUGUAACAGACAACACCAGACCAUAAUUUGAUCUAUGUAUUUGAUUUUCAAAGAUGCAAAUUUUCGACUUUUUAUUCUCUCAAUGAAAUCGUGGGAAAAUUAUUGGAAAUUAGUACUGUUACAGUAUCUUCAUGCGUUAAGUGCUAAAACUGUAAAAUUAGAGUUAUAACUAGUAUAGAUUUUUCAAACGUUGUUAACAAUUCUGAUCUAAUCUACCGUGUUAGUUAUGAUACAAUUCUGAUCUAAUCUACCGUGUUAGUUAUGAAACUAUUAUAAUCUUAGCAGUACAUUUUAAAUAGCUGGUAAAGACAACUUGUAAUAUCAUAUUUUUAGCUCACUUGGCCAUUGAGUUUACAAACAUGGCAUGGCGUCCGGCAACAUUUUAACCAAAUUUGGUCAGAAAUAUCCUUGGGGGAAGGAGAACAAAUAUUUAGCCCACCAUCAUCAGAUGGUGGGCUAUUCUUGUUAUCGCUAUU